AUGGGAUCACCACAACUUGGAAAUAAUGCACUCUCGUCUCAAGAAAAGAAUAUUGGCUUAGAUCAUUUGUCUUCAAUAACAACUCAAACCGACGCUGAUGAGAAGCAAAAUUCGCUGCCUAAUAAAAAAAAGAAAAAGGGAAAAAAAGACAAAUAUGCUGAUCCAAACGCUCAUAUUCUCAACCUUAGCUACGAAGGUCGCACCAACGAAGAAAUAGAUAUUUUAAAGAAACAAAUUAUAAUUCCAGAUAAUUCAGUAUCAUACUUUACUCUUUAUCGUUAUGCUACCAAAUUUGAUCUUUUUAUGAUAAUUCUCGCUAAUUUUGGUGCAAUAUGCUCGGGCGCAGCGUUACCACUAUUUACUCUUAUCAUGGGUAACAUCACAGACAAUUUUUCCCGUUUUCUUACUACAGGUCAAGGUGCUGAUGAGUUUCAACAUUCAGUGAACCACAAUACUCUUUAUUUUCUUUAUUUAAUGAUUGGAAUUUGCACUGUUACCACUCUAGAAACAUAUGUUGCAGUUGAUCGAGGCGAAGUUAUUACCGCCCGUAUUAGAGAACACUAUAUACAGGCAAUUCUUCGCCAAAACAUUGCUUAUUUUGAUAAGGUUGGUCCUGGUGAAAUUACCAAUAGAAUUACUUCUGAUGUCAAUCUUAUUCAGGAAGGGAUUUCUGAAAAAGUCAAUAUAAUUUUUUCUGGAUUUGCAACAUUUUUUGCUGCUCUUGUUAUUGGCUUUAUUCGUUCCUGGCGUCUUACUUUAAUUUUGUUUUCUACUAUUGUUACAAUCAUAAUAACUAUGGGUAUUGCAUCAAGAUUCAUGAUGAAAUAUACUAUUUCCGCUUUAGGAGCAUUUUCCAAAGCUUCUUCAGUUGCGGAAGAUAUUCUUAGUUCUAUUCGUACCACCACUGCGUUUGGAAUCCAAAGAAGAUUAUCCCAGAAAUAUGAUUUUCAUGUUGAUGAGUCAUUUCGUUAUGGCGUCAAGGCUGGUAGGACUAUUAUGCUAAUGGUUGCUGGUCUUUGGCUGAUUAUUUAUUGGACAUAUGGUCUUGCUUUUUGGCAAGGUGCCCGUUUCAUCGCUGAUGGAACUGGAUCUGUUGGCUCUACAGUCACUGUAAUUAUGUCUAUUAUUAUUGGAUCUGUUAGUAUUGGUGGUGUGACACCAGCUUUUCAAUCUGUAGGAAAGUCAGUUGGUGCUGCGAAAAAAAUUUUUGAAACAAUAGACAGGGUCCCCCUUAUCGAUUCUUCUUCAGAAGAAGGAAAAAAACUUAAUGAAAUUACAGGUGAAAUCAAAUUUCAAAAUGUCCGCUUUGCUUAUCCAUCUCGUCCUAAUGUCACAGUUUUAAACAAUUUUUCUUUAGAUAUUAAACCCGGAACAAAAGUUGCUUUAGUAGGUGCAUCUGGUUCUGGAAAGUCCACGAUAAUUGGUAUUCUUGAACGUUUUUAUUCGUAUCUUGGAGGAUCAGUUACUUUGGACGGUAUUGAGCUUUCUUCUUUUAAUGUCAAAUGGCUACGCCAACAAAUGGCUUUGGUUUCUCAGGAACCUACUUUGUUUAACGUUUCAAUUUUUGAAAAUAUAUCAUAUGGUUUGAUUGGCACACAAUAUGAAAAUUCCUCUAAAGAAGAAAAAUUAAACUUGAUUAUUGAAGCAUGUAAAAAAGCUAAUGCAUGGGAAUUCAUACAGACUCUCCCAGAAGCCCUUGAUACCAAUGUUGGACAGCAAGGUUUUUUACUUUCUGGUGGGCAAAAACAGCGUAUUGCUAUUGCCAGAGCCAUUGUUUCUGAGCCUAAAAUUUUGCUUUUAGACGAAGCUACCUCUGCUCUUGAUACCAAAUCUGAGGGUGUUGUUCAAGAGGCUUUAGAUCGUGCUGCUACCAAUCGCACUACUAUUGUUAUUGCUCAUCGUCUUUCAACAAUUAAAGAUGCCGAUAAGAUUGUUGUCGUUUCUUCUGGUAACAUUAUUGAAAUGGGUACACAUCACGAGCUUUUAGCUGAAAAAGGAGCAUAUUACACUUUAGUUAAAGCUCAAGACAUUAAAAAGCGAGACCAACAUGAACCCGUACACUCUUCACGUUUUAGUAUUGGUAACAACGAAACACAAUCUUUACUCAGUGAUGCCAGCACUGGCAUGAGUGCUGAACUUUCACAGAGCGGAACCAAUAGCUCUAAUUAUUCAAUUUCAGAUAAGGCCAUUGCUGAUAUGAAAGAAGAUGGAUACUUUGAUAAACCUGUCCAAACUCGAUCUACUAUUGCUCUUGUGAAAUAUCUCAACAAAUUCACCGUCGGUUAUAAUAAACUUUUAAUAUCUGGAGCAAUUUGUGCUCUCACUACUGGCGUUGGUUAUCCAAUUAUGGCCUAUAUUUAUGGUAAGAUUUUGGACAGUCUUAUGGUACCCCCUGAUCAGUAUGGACAUAUGAGACAUGAAGUAAAUGUUUUGUCUGGUUAUUUUGUUUUACUGGGCGGCAUUGAGUUUUUCAUUUUUUGCGGUCUUCUUGGAUCCCUUACUUAUCAUACACAGGUAUUAGUCAAACGCAUUCGUAUUCAAGUCUUUCAACAUUAUUUGCAAAUGGACAUUGCAUAUUUUGAUGAUGAAAAUAAUUCUACUGGUGCAUUAACAUCAACUCUAUCUAAAGAUGGCCAAAGUGUUGAAGGGUUUGGCGGUGUGACUUUAGGUCAAAUUUUAAACAGUUUAGCUACACUAUUUGGUGGAAUCAUCAUGGCUAUUUCUAUCAACUGGCGUCUUGGACUGGUUUGCACGUCUUGUGUGCCAAUUUUGGUAGGGUGUGGGUUUUUGCGUGUCUAUAUUUUGACUAAACUUGAGGAACGUGCUAAAAAAACUUAUGCCGACUCCGGCCAAUAUGCUUGUGAAAGUGUAAGCUCAGUGCGUACUGUUGCAUCUCUUACUAAGGAAGAUUAUGUUCUCCAAACUUAUUCUAAUUCGGUUGAGACUCAAGUCAAGCGUGCGCGUAUUCCUAUGGCUCGUUCUGCACUUAUGUAUGGCCUUUCACAAGGAUUACUACCAGGAAUUAUGGGUCUUGGCUUUUGGUAUGGUGCAACUUUAAUUCGCAAGGGCCAAAGUUCGUCAUAUCAAUUUUUCACAGCAUUUGUGGCUGUUGUUUUUGGUGCUCAAAGCGCUGGACAAGUUUUUUCAUAUGCUCCAAGUAUAGGUAAGGCACGGCAAGCAUCACAAAAUGUUGCACGGAUAUUUGACAUUCAGUCAACAAUUGAUCCUACUUCUAAAGAUGGUGAUCUUCUUACCAAUGUAGUUGGAGAAAUUGAAUUCCGAGAUGUACACUUUCGGUAUCCGACAAGACCACAUGUUCCUGUUUUGAGAGGAUUAAACUUGAAUAUCAAACGUGGCGAGUACAUUGCUUUAGUAGGGUAUUCAGGAUGCGGAAAAAGUACAACUAUUGGCUUAAUUGAACAGUUUUACCGGGCAUUAUCUGGUAGUAUAUUGUUGGACGGUGUUGAUAUUACAACACUUAAUGUAAGCGAGUACCGAAAACACAUCGGUUUAGUGCAACAAGAGCCAGUGUUAUUCAGUGGCACAAUUCGUGACAACAUUUUACUUGGUUUGGAUGAAUAUCAAGCCCAAGAUGUUUCUGAGGAGGAGCUUUAUAUGGCAGCACGUAAGGCAAAUAUUCAUGAAUUCAUUAUGUCAUUGCCAGAGGGUUAUAAUACUGAAACAGGAACCAAAGGAACCUUAUUAUCUGGCGGACAAAAACAACGGAUUGCAAUUGCGCGAGCAUUGAUUAGAAACCCUAAAGUAUUAUUAUUGGAUGAAGCGACGUCUGCUCUGGACAGUGAAUCAGAAAAGGUUGUUCAGGCAGCGUUAGAUGAAGCAGCAAAAGGGCGUACUACAAUAGCAGUUGCUCAUAGACUUUCAACAAUUCAAAAUGCUGAUGUGAUUUAUCUUAUUGACAAAGGUAAAGUUGCUGAGGCUGGAACUCAUGACGAACUGCUUGCACUUAAUGGACUUUAUUUUCAACUAGUCAAAAUGCAGGCAUUGGAAGAAGGUUUAUAG